ACAUUCUCUCUAUAUCUUUCCCUCUUCCCACCACCUUCAUUCUCAUAGAGAGAGAGAGAGAGAGAUUGGGAGAGAUUGGGAGAGAUUGGGAGAGAUUGGGAGAGAUAUGGGGAAGAACAAAGUGUUGAUAAUUGGAGGAACAGGGUACUUGGGGAAGAGAUUGGUGAGGGCAAGUUUGAGGUUAGGGUAUCAAACCUAUGUGUUACAAAGGCAAGAAAUGGGCGUUGAUAUAGAGAAAGUGGAGCUUCUUUUGUCAUUCAAGAGAGAAGGAGCCCAUUUGGUUUGUGCUUCUUUUAAUGACCAUAACAGCCUUGUUGAGGCUGUCAAGCUUGUGGAUGUUGUCAUUUCUGCUAUCUCUGGUGUUCAUAUCAGAUCUCAUCAUAUUCUUCUUCAACUCAAGCUUGUUCAUGCCAUCAAGGAGGCUCCAAAUGUUAAGAGGUUUUUACCGUCGGAGUUUGGGACCGACCCGGCGAGAAUGAAGAACGCGAUGGAGCCGGGAAGGGUGACGUUUGAUGAUAAAAUGGUGGUGAGGAAAGCAAUAGAAGAAGCUAAAAUCCCUUUCACUUACAUCUCUGCAAACUGUUUUGCUGGUUACUUUCUUGGUGGUUUAUGUCAACCUGGCUUCAUCCUUCCUUCCAAACAUCAUGUUUCUCUCCUUGGAGAUGGCAAUCAAAAAGCAAUAUACGUGGAUGAAGAUGACAUUGCAAUGUACACCAUGAAGACGAUUGACGACCCUCGAACCCUAAACAAAACGGUGUACAUAAGGCCACCCAAGAACAUAUUAUCACAAAGAGAAGUCGUUGAGAUUUGGGAGAAAUUGAUAGGAAAAGAGCUCACAAAGAGCUCCAUUUCUGAUCAAGAGUUUCUAGCUAACAUGAAAGGUCAAGGCUAUGCAGAGCAAGUGGGGCUAACUCACUAUUAUCAUGUAUGCUUUGAGGGCUGUCUUGCCAACUUUGAAAUAGGGGAUGGUGCUGAAGAAGCUUGCAGUCUCUAUCCAGAAGUUAGCUAUACAAGUGUGGAGGAAUACAUGAAACGCUACGUUUAAGACCCAACAUGCAAACACUAAAAAUAAGCCAAACUUCAUUUGAAUUCAUAUAACAUGAACAGAACUGAGGCAUUCAUGCCAAUGAAGCUUCAAUUCAAUUAUUCUUAGGUC